AUGGCCUUCUGGAGCUCCUCUUCUCAUCCACUCCUUGGCCUCCUGUCUCUCUUCCUCACCUUCCAUUUCUUGACCACCACCUUCGCCGCCGCCCCCGUCACCACCACCAGUAUCCGGCUUGGCCUCAUCCAAAAGCCUUCUCCAGAUGUGCCCGUCUUCCGCGAGGCCCCAGCUUUCCGCAAUGGAGAGACAUGUGGGUCUCCUUCCACAAACCAGAUUCAUGUUGCCAUGACCCUUGAUGCCAACUACCUUAGAGGUACCAUGGCCGCUGUGUUAUCAAUUCUACAACACUCAACAUGCUCCGAAAACGUCAUGUUUCACUUUCUGUGGACGAGAUUUGAACCCAAGACCUUUUCGAGCAUCAAGUCCACCUUCCCUUACCUCAAAUUCAAGGUGUAUCGCUUCAAUCCCCGCCGUGUUCGUGGAUUAAUCUCGAGGUCCAUUCGCCAAGCUUUGGACCAACCUCUAAACUAUGCUCGAAUCUAUCUUGCAGAUAUAAUACCAACCUAUGUCAAACGCAUAAUCUACCUCGAUUCUGAUCUUGUCAUGGUUGACGAUAUUGCAAAGCUAUGGGCUAUGGAUUUGGGUGAUAAAGUAUUGGGUGCACCAGAAUAUUGUCACGCAAAUUUCACUCAGUACUUCACCGAAGUUUUCUGGUCCGACCGAUCGCUCUCGAGAACGUUUGAAGGUAGAAAACCUUGUUACUUCAACACAGGAGUAAUGGUGGUGGAUGUGGAUAAAUGGAGACAAGGAGAAUAUACAAAGAAGGUUGAAAAAUGGAUGAUGGUGCAAAAGCACAAGAGGAUAUACCAUUUGGGUUCUUUGCCACCAUUUUUGCUUGUUUUGGCUGGGAAUAUAAAAGCUGUUGAUCAUAGAUGGAACCAACAUGGUUUGGGUGGUGAUAAUAUUGAAGGAAAAUGUAGGAGUUUAAAUACUGGGCCAAUUAGCCUACUCCAUUGGAGUGGCAAGGGUAAGCCAUGGUUGAGACUGAAGAAGGAAAUGUCAGUAGAUUGGGGGGUUUGGAAACUUAAAGAAGAGGAUGAUUCAUUGGAAAGCAAAGACGUGAACGGAUUAUCCAUGCCCCUCUGA